AUGAGUCAACCACGGUCUGGAUGCAAUAACUGGCUAGAAGAUCUCAUUCAACUCAACUCCACUUUACCACUCACCGAAGAUCCCAUGGCGGUAGAUAAUAUUGGCGAAGUCCCUUCCUAUGAACAAGAAGAAUAUACGAGUUUCGGAGAGGAUUUAGACUUUGAGCAAGAAUCUGGAGGCGGACCUCGGGACAAGGACAGUGAGGUAGUUACCGACUACUUUCCGCAACCCCCACUGGCUUUUGAGGAGGGCUACACAUCACUAGAGAUGAUCAAUGACCUACCUUUAUCCUUCCAUUCGGCAAAAGAGUUACGAGGUCGAGCUGAAUCGCUACCUAGUGGACCUCGUUGGAAGUCUCGAGUUAUUCCUACCUUACAUCCCACAAAGUCUCCGGCAGUUCUCUACUGGCGAGAUCCUCUUGAAUGCAUCGCUACUAUAUUCAACCAUCCUUUAUUUCACAAUCGUAUCGACUACACGGCUUGCAAGGUGUAUAGUACAGCGGAGAGGCUCUCUCGGAUAUACACUGAAUGGGUGACAGGCGAACACGCCUGGCAGAUGCAGUCGGCGCUUCCCCAUGGCGCAACUCUCCUCGGUACCAUUUUGUCCUCGGACAAAACAUGCAUAACUUCAUUGUCAGGCGAUCGUGUUGCGCAUCCUCUCCUUAUCAGCCUCGCCAACAUUCACAUGGACACGCGGCUAAAAUCGUCUUCAAAUGCCUUCCUUCUCACUGCCCUUCUACCGGUCGUGAAAUUUGUUCACAAAAAUAAACGAAUGAGAGAAAUCAUGCGUUCACGUGCUCGUCCAAACGAUGUCAAGGCAUUUUUCCGUGAAGCGCAGAAGUUUCGCCUGAAUGGCAUAGACAAACCAUUCUGGUCAGACUGGUUGCUAGCGGAUCCCUCCCAGUUUUUCACACCUGAGUCACUACACCACGUUCAUCAGGAGUUUUGGGACCAUGACGCACAGUGGAUUAUCCUUGGAGUGGGAGGGUCCAAGAUAGACUUUCAGUUUUCCAUUACACAGCCCACCACUGGCCAUCGUCAUUUUCAUGAAGUCAGUGCGGAUGCAGUACCUGCUGCAGUUGUUGUUGCUAUACGCGCGCUUAUGCACUUUCGUUACCUUGUCCAAUCACUGUAUAUCGACGACAAGCAUCUUGCUCACAUUACAGCCACACUGGAUGAGUUCCAUGCGAACAAGCAUGCAGUCAUCGCCGCCGGUCUUUGUCAGGGAAAAGGUGGUAAAGUCAUCGACAAUUGGCAGAUCCUGAAACUCGAGCUCAUGCAGAACAUUGUUCCUAGCAUCCGGAACUCUGGCGUUAUAGCACAGUGGUCUGCAGAUGUUACUGAACAUGCGCACAUCACCGAGGUCAAAGACCCCGCAAGAUCCAGCAAUAAUAAUAAUUAUGACUCGCAAAUCUGUCGUUAUCUUGACCGCGCUGAUAAAUGCAAUUGGUUCUACCUUGCCACUAGUCGUUUGGAUCGUUCAUGGAGUGAAGACCUGGGUGUUUUUGGAGAUGAGUUUAUUAAAGAGGAUGACGAGAUUGAUGAUGACGUGAAUGACUUUCCUGCACAGCUACUAUCCCAGACUCGAAGACCCAGACAACCAUGUCCUAUCACAAACUACUUUUCGAUGGCAAAAAUACUCCAGCACAAGGAAAUUGGAUUGGUACUCCUUCCAUUAUGUUCCUUUAUCGUCGGGCACACUGCUCUUAAUCUUUCUUAUCAUCCAUCCAUUAGGAAUGCCACUAUCGAUGAAGUCACCAUCAUGUUCAGCCUACCAGACUUGCGGCCAGCUAUCGCAGAUUUCCUUCACCAUGAAAAGACCUAUGGUAAUCACAUACACUCAAUAGGCGGUCCUAGAAGGGCCACACAUGAUGCUGAACUUCCAUUUGAUAACCUUCAAGUGUGGUUUAAAAUUCUGACCCAUGGACUUUGGGUCGUUAUGAUACGGUCAUUAUCCAGACCAACUCAGGGCACUCUUGGCCUGCCAGCGGCCUUUCAGGGCACUCCAUUGGCCAAAUUAGGCUUGUCAUUCGGCCCAUUGGUCGAAGUGGAACACCAUGGGCAUGGGACGAUCAGUUCCUAA